UUUUUGGUAAAGUCUCCAGUACCCUUAUUGUGUUUGUUUUAUUUUUCAGUGAAACGUUUAAGAGAACCUAAGCAUGAGCGACGUCCUUGGAAAAUAUGGUUCCUGGAUACAUCCAAGCAGGCUAUAGGAAUGCUGUUCAUCCACUUUGCGAAUGUCUACUUAUCAGAUCUCACCAGGGAGGAUCCAUGUACCCUGUAUUUAAUAAAUUUCCUUCUUGAUGCCACUCUGGGCAUGCUGCUGAUAUAUGCAGGCGUGAGAGUGGUAAGCUGUGUGGUGGUGGAAUGGAGGCAGUGGGACUCUUUACGCUUUGGAGAAUACGGUGAUCCUAUCCAGUGUAAAGCUUGGGUUGGCCAGUGUGCCCUCUACAUCCUCAUCAUGAUGUUUGAAAAAACUGCAAUAGUUCUAGUCCUGCUUAUACCCAGACUAAAAGAGGUUGCCAUGUUAAAUUUACCAUCUAAUAGCCCUAGACUGGAGCUGGCCAUCGUGAUGCUUAUUGUGCCCUUCUUUGUUAAUGCAUUAAUGUUCUGGGUGGUGGACAAUUUUCUGAUGAAGAAAGGGAAAACAAAAGCCAAGAUGGAAGAGAAGGAAGGAAGUCCAGACUCCCGCAAUGGUAACAAAGUGCGAUACCGACGGGCAGCCUCUUAUGAUGAAUCAGAGUCUGAGAUUCUCAUAUCAGCGGAUGAUGAAAUGGAAGAAUCUGACGGUGAGGAGGAUCUACGUAGGUUAACAAACUCAAAGUCUGUGAAGAAAAAGAAGCACCGCUUUGGCCUACCUGUAUGA